CUUAUAGAACUUCUUCAACGACUUGAUGAUUCUUUUUUUUUCUUCCUCAUUGUGGUGGCUUGCGUUUCGAUUUCUCUGCGAUGAAUGUUAUCUAUUGAACCGUCAUUCGGUCCCAAUCUUGCGGGCUACGCGCUUAUGUUUUCUUUGUUAUUUCCUCAGAUUUUCUUCACUUGCAUUUCCUGGUGCAUUUCUCAGCGACUGUUUUCCUCGGGAAGAAAAAAUCUUGGGUGUUUUCUGGCAAUGGAGGAUUUGGAAAGGACAGUGAACGGGGUUUCAGUCGGAGAACAUUCGUUCGGAUUUAUAUUUUUCAUUUUGUUGGUCUCGGUUUUUGUCUGGGUAGCUGCUGCAAUUGCAGUGGCACUUGUGUUGUUCAACAUCCAUUGUCGAUUUAGGUCUGUGUCAGUAUAUAGAUAGAGCAGGAAGGGAUAACUGGGUCUGUCUGGGAAGAGUUGUUUGAUACGAGGUUUACACGCGGGCAAACCGUGGAGAGGAAAAAGUGAUGAUUAUAACAUUUGAUAUUACUGUCACUAUAGCAUGAAAAGCGCUAUUCAUUGAUUCAGUUUUCAAGUACUGGGAAUUGUAGUAGCAGACGUUGAAACAAGUAAGCCCACGUGCAUCAGGCUAGACCAGACCAC